CAUGUUUGUCAACUCGUAGACACGUCUUUAAACCACUGACGCUCGCGAUGCUUCAGGCAGUCCAAUAUACACAGUUGCUAUUUAGUCUGAGUUCGAAAAUGGUGGGAUUUAUAUUCAUUCUUACGUGUAUAGUUCACUACGCAUCACCUGUUAUUGAAACUGCAUAUGGAACCAAGUGGAAAAACUUCACAAAUAUUCUCGUAGACACCAACAUAAUAUCAGAAGUACAAAACAUUGGAAACAAAUUUACCUGCCUGAAUAUGUGUCUUGAAAACAAGGCCUGUGUGUCUGUGUUCUUCAGACAGCAACAUCGACGGUGCCAGUUCCAUGAUGUGUUGUUCAUGUCGCCGCAGGACGGAAAACCGGAGACAGGUACAGAAUACUACAGUAUUGCUUCAGAUGGAUGUCCCUCCACCUACGUCCACAAUCGAAUUCUUAACUUCUGCUAUGAGGUUCAUUUCAAUAACCUGGACUUUACCAACGGUGUUGCUGAUUGUAACUCAAGAGGAGACCACUUUAUCGCCAUUGACAGUCAAGACAAACAGGACCACAUACUGAAGCAACUCAGCGCUUCAUCAGACGGUAAGCAGAAGAAAUAUCUGAUUGAUGGAAGUGAUGAAGCUAAUGAAGGAACUUGGCUGCUCAAAGAUGGCCGAACAAUGACGUAUUUUGCUUGGGGUACUGAUUACCCAAAGAAUGGAACUGAUAAGGAUUUUAUCGUUGCAGACCCAAAUGACCAGUUUAGGUGGGGGGACAAAGCAGGAAAUGUACCCAAACGUUACAUUUGUGAGAGGCAUCUGAAUGUGUGAUCGCGUCUUGAGAAUGUACAUAUAAUUAGCAGUGAAAAACCUUGCUGUUCUUUUCUGUUUAUAUUCUGGAUGGAAAAUUUACGAUUCUUGUACGAGAAAUGCAUUGGAGAUAAUGACAAUGUUGAUCUUGUUUGUUCUCGAGACAUUGAAUACCAAUGCAAUAUUUGUCACUAAUUGAAGUCAUACAUUUGGCUGUGUAGUGCAUUAGCGCAACCUUUUUAAACUUUUGUAGCGUUAUACAGCAUAUUUAUUAUCUUAUAGGGCUGCAAGACAACGUUAUGGAAAGGAAAUUAAAAGCGAAAUGCAAAUGCGUAUGUUCAGUGACAAUGACUAUUAAAGGUCAAACGUAAGCCUACAAUUUGUCAUAUGUUUGUCGACUCACUGGUAGAGGCAAAAUGCCAAAACGGAAUACUGCCAAUCGCAACUGCACCGCAAGACGUCUUGAAGCUGUCGACUCACAGUCGUCAUUUCAACGUAUACCAGAACACCAAACCUCGCUAUACCCGCCUCAGAUACCACAGGAUCGUCCAAGAUGUGCUAGACGUCACCACUCAUGAUAGCUACAUCCGGGUGUUCCAUCGACGUAAUCGACAUGUUACUAUCUUCAAGACUGAAGGACAUGUACCUGGUGUAAGAAGGGUAUAGGGACAGAGUCGGGUCAUCCGCCACAAGUGGUAUUAGACCCAGAAGAAGGAUAUGUGCCAAUAUUGACACGGAAAUUCAGUUGUUUUGUCAGAGCAGAUGUCCCCUAGUAAAUCCAUAAUGUGGUUUAGUUCGGAUGACUGAGUGUUAUACACUGAUUGAAAGUAUCUCGUUCAUCAAUUUGAAACAGUAUACAAAUACAUGUUUUUUACGCCCUGAUAAUGUACCCAUAGAUGAAAUACUAUGUGUGCGGCAUGGUGUUUAGAUCGAUGUGACAGAACACUGUAUUGUGGUAUGUAUUAGGAAAUGUAUUUUCAUUACGUGUCUCGUGAGCGACGUUCGGCUUCUAAAGUACAAACGACCUUAGGAUAUUUUGUGUAUUCGUAGUAUUGAUAUUGCUUGAAGAAUGAUUGAGUUAAAAUUCAUCGUCGCAACGGCUAUAUCUCAGUUAUAUAAUGACAAGACCAACUUUACACAUGUCCAUUGUAAAUACAGUUAUAUUUAAAAGUAAUAUAAAUCUUUUGAAAUAUCUACACGGAUCAGCAGCAGAGAUAACAGUUUGCCAAGAACUGCUUUAGCUAAAGCAUCGGCUUUUGUGACGCCUGCUAUGCCUACGUCGCUUGGUAACCAGCACACGACGAUGUCGCAUUGCCUACCACAUGUCGUUGUGAGGUUAUAAAAUGUCAAGGAUUAUUGAAUGACUCGAGACACUUUCGAGUUCCUGAAAUCAUGACAAGGAAUCUGAAAGAUGAUGACAUUAUUAUAAUGGUGUUGUUGUAUAAUAUAGUUCAAAGAUAGCUUUGGCCACUGCUAUAAAGAAUGAAGUAUAUUUUGGUAUUCCUCAGGAAACAGUCUUGGAUCCAAUGACAGUGGCACUAGCAACUUUGCCAUCAUCUUUGGACGACGAUAUAUUUGGUUCGUAAUUGGUUGUGUUCCUGUUAGAAAACCACAGGAUUUUUGUUUACUUGUCUAACGUUGACAGAUCCUAAAGGCUCAAAGACAAGGCCUUAGGUCAUGGAUAUAUAUUUGUUUACAUGCAGGCUCCACCACAGAUGAUUGACUUUGUCUUGUUUUGAGGCCUCUCUUGGCCUAGUAUAUUUCACUGUAACAUUAGUCAGAUUGUGCAUGGUGGGCAGGUAGUGAAAAUAUAAAGUGACAAGAUGCAGAUAAGUGUUAGAUGCAUCAUUGAAAAUGUAGAAAUGAUUUUUAGAUAAAAUCGUCAAAGACUUU